AAAAGCUGUCAAAGCAACAGUCCGUCCGCGAAACGAAUAACACGUGCGAUUGCAAACAGUGUUUAUUCGACAAAUAAAUUGUACUGUACGCUUCAGUCUACUUUAAAUCUUUUGUUGGACAACUAUAACGUAAAGACAUGAAGACGAAAAGCUCGAAACGGAAGCCGGAUCUUCAAAGUAUGUCGCUGGAUACUUUCCUCGAUAAUAUGGAUGCAGAUCUCGGGAACGAUAGCAGCGGAGACACUGAAAAAGAAGCUCCUGCUGUUUCUGCUCCUAAAAAGAAAAAACUUGCAGCUCAAAAAACAGCCAAAGUGGUAAAGAAAAAGGAUGGCACUGAAAAAAAGUCAACUAAGAAAGACAAGAAAAAGCGUCUAAAGAUAGAGCAACUGGAGCCCGAUUCUCUGGAAGUUGAUUCCAGCAAAGAAGGAGGACAGAAAGACGUGGAGAGAGAACAUCGACAGGCAUUGAAAAAGCUGAAGGAGACGGAUCCGGAACUGUAUUCAUUUCUCAAACAGAACGAUAAAAAGCUACUUAAAUUCGGUUCUAUGGCAAAUAGUGACGACGACGUUAGCGAAGACGAUCAGGACAGCGGGGAGGAUGAAGAUGAUGAAGCUGCCGUUCAUAAACUCCCAGAUAAAUUGGAAGUUGCUAGUGACGAAAGUGAUUUCGAUGAUGAUAAAGAUGAAGAGGAGGCAGAGGAAGACGAAGAAGGACCGAGCACUGCUGAAAUAGGGUCACAGAAAAAAAUUACGCUGAAGUUGCUAAAAAAAUGGACAGAAGAAUUAACCAGCUCUCCCGUCAGAAUCGAAACAAUUCGUAACGUGUGUAAGGCUUUCAAUUCGGUUCUUGUUACGGUCACCGGAGAUACUACCGUAAUUUCUGCCUACAAAGCAGACGGUGCCGCGAUUUUCAAUGGCGUUGUUCAACUUUGUGUGCUGCAUUUGGGCAAUGCUGUCAAGCAGUUUUUGAACAUAAAAUCUGCGAGGGACUUAAAAAAUUUGAAGAAGAACAAAAAGUUUACCAAAGUUCAAUCAUGUCUACGAACAUAUUUGACGGAUUUGACUAAUUUGCUCGAGAACGUUUCUUCUAAUCACAUCAUGAAUGUACUCCUAAAACAUUUGCAUCAGUUUGCAUCGUUUUUAUCAUGUUACCCAAUAAUUACUAAACCUAUUCUGAAACGAUUAAUUGUGAUUUGGAGUACUUCCGAGGAGGAAUCCAUUCGGGUACUGGCAUUUCUAUGCAUACUGAAAAUAACUUGUGCGCAGCUGCGCCGGUUUCUCAGUGAUGUGUUGAAAAAUAUGUACCUGGCAUAUGUGAAGAACAGUAAAUUUGUAAGCCCUAAUACGCUGCCGGGAAUCAACUUCAUGAGACGAUCGUUGACGGAAAUGUUUACCCUGGACAUGACCGUAUCCUACCAACAUGUGUUUCUCUACAUUCGCCAGCUCGCCAUUCAUCUUCGAAACGCCGUCAUCUUGCAGAAAAAAGACAGUUUCCAGUACAUUUACAACUGGCAGUAUAUUAAUUCCCUAAAGCUUUGGGGCGAUGUGCUGGCUGCAACUUACGAGAAGAAGGAACUAGAGCCACUGAUCUACCCAUACGUCAGCAUAACCACUGGGGUCAUUAAAUUAAUUCCUUCGGCACAAUAUUUCCCGCUGAGAUUCCACUGCUGCCGUAUGCUGAUCGAUCUGUCAACUCGGACAAGAGUUUUUAUUCCCGUUCUUCCGUUCCUAGUAGAAGUCCUCAACUCGAGCAGCUUCAACGAAGAUCACAAAAAGCUUUCCAUGAAACCGGUGAACCUUACAUGCUUGCUUCGUUUUGCUCCAGCAAACAUUCAGGAGAACGCCUACAAAGACGCUGUUUUGGAUUUAAUUUACGAACUGUCGCUGGAAUAUCUAGCUCACGAAUCGAACUCUAUUUGCUUUCCUGAUUUGGUUGUUCCGAUUCUUACUACUCUACGGAAGUUCUGCAAAACCACAAAAGUGUACAAAUAUUCGCGUAAAAUUAAGCAACUAACUGAUAAAAUUGCAGAGAAUAGCACAUGUAUCGAAACGGCACGCCGGCGAUUACCGGUGAAACUUAACGAUGUUCCUGCAAUCCGAAGCUGGGAAGCAACUCGUUUGGCUGAAGGGACACCGCUGUGGUCCUUCUGGCAGGCAUUCGCUAAAGAAAAUGAAAAGAUUAAACGCAGACAGGCCACACAGUCCGAGAACAUCGACGAUUACAAUCUACCAACGAUUAAAAAAUUGGAAAAGAAACCUGUCUCUGUACGGGACGGACCAGCGGAGCUGUUCCCAUCGGAUGAUGAAGAGGACGAUUCUGGAAAUGGACCAGAACUGGAUUCAACCGAAGAGAUCGACGAGGUUCCAAAGAAUGCUCACAAGAAAAAGAAAGAGCAGAAGGUAAAUGCGAAGGAAACUAAGAAGCAGAACAAGAAUAAAGCAAAGAAUACAGUAAACGACCAAGAAGCCGAGUUCCCUCUGGAAAAAGCAGAUACGAGCGAAGCGGUGGAUAUUUUGAAAGAUUUAACUCUCGAUGAUUGGGAGUAAAAAUGGUGGAUUGAAACAUACUAUAAAUGUUUACAUUAAGCUUAAGUUGCUGUAUAGUAUAUUAGAAUAAAACUAUGGCGUUCUUAUGAGCUUGUUUUUUA